AGUCUGCAAACUAUUUGACGUUGGCAGCACAUCUAGAUGUUAUCCUAGCUUUAUAACCUCGCUAGCUAUGGAAGUUUAUUGUUAUAUAAUCUAAACGUGUUCGUGGUUAUAUGAACAACACAGCUGCUUAAGAUAGACUGAAAUCUAUUUCAAACUGCAAAAGCUUGCUCGCUAGCCUUCCAAAAUAGUUGGUGGUAGUUAGCAAGCACUAUUUCUACAGUGUUCUGUUAGCUAUUGUUAACUGCCUUGUAUUCUUUUCUUUGCGCUGUAUAAGCUAUCAUACCUAUUAUUAGUGUUACUACUAGCCAAUGACUAGCAGGCUACUUGUAGCUGUGCAUAGAAGUCAAUCAUAGUGACUCGCUAAUGAACUCUGUACUGCUGUAUGCAGCCUCUUUUCUGUUUGAUGCCUCAUCGCACCGCUCUCGUUUGCAGUAUUUUAAGACCAGCGACGACUUGACGUUUUAUUAUUUUCCAAACGUGCAUGGAUGGUUCCUACUGUAGUUUUUAUUGUUUGACUAAUGACAGGUGUUACCCCGCGCGUCAGAAUUUCUCUGACUGGCCCAGCAUCGGCCGAAGAUGUUUGCCAAGGCCACCAGUAACUUCGUCAAGGAGAUAGACCCCGAAGGGCGUCUGAUCCCGGUGUCCCGCCUGAACGACUCGGACAAGCUGGUCCCUCUGUCGCUGGUCAUCCGGCGCAAACGCUUCUGGUUCUGGCAGCGGCCCAAGUACCUGCCUUCUGACUUCACCCUGAGCGACGUGCUGCUCGGAGACAAGCCCAUCAACCCAGUUGUUGUGGAGACUGACUUCCUGAAGUAUGCGGGGACCUUCGGGGACUCCGUGUCGGGAAAGGUGGAUGCAGAGGUGGGACAGACGAACCUCAGCGUGGAGGGCAAAGGCUCGUUUAAACUGCAGUCCUCCUUCGGCAGCCUGAAGAAGCAGGAGGUGGACGUCCCGAAACUACUGCAGGACUCCAAGGAUAGAGUCCUGAGCCUGGAGCACUGCCUGGUGCAUCAGACCCUGGUGAAGCGCAACGAGGCCUUUGGGGUUCUGAAGGAGAAGAUCGUGACGACCCAGAAGUGCUCAGUCACCGAGGACGUUCAGGAGGAGGGCCAGUGUGCGGGCGUGCUCGGCCUCUUCAGCAACAGGGCCAUAAAGGUGUCGGUGAACGAGAACGGCAGCGCGCAGCAGGACAGCAGCGUUUCCCUGGAGAUUCCCGCUCAGACGGUCAUAGCGUACAGCAUCAUCGAGCUGGAGGUGAAACACGGCGGACAGUACGAGCUCUGCCUGGAGCCAGACACCUUUGGGGGGUUUGAAGUGGACAGCCACACCCGGGCCAAAGAUGCAGUAGACGGGCUGAUCACUAAGGGUGCGGAGUACCACCCAGGGAGACCUACAGAGACACCGGUCCUGAAGCAAGAACUGGAGAAGCUGCAGGCGCAUUUCCAGCAGCUAGCAGAUCUCCCAGCCCCGGCCCGUUCCACGCUGCUCCAGCUCCUGAUGUCCAUCAUGCUGGACAGAGCGGCACUCGCUGCCCUGGAGAGCGGGCUGGAUCAGUUGUGUUUGGGCGGGACACCUGACCUCAGCGAGCUGGAGGACUUGUCCUCCCUCAAGCAGACAGUCCAGGACCUUCUGGACCUGGUGUUGCAGUCCAAUCAGGCAGGUCAGAACCUGAGUGAUGGACAGUCUGGUGGGCCACUCCCCUCUUCCCCGGUCCUUACUGCUGUUCAUGUUCUGGUCAGUGCCAUGGCAGAGAUGACCGAUGCUGCUCUGUGUCACUUGGGAUCCUGCAGUCCUCAGUUCCUGCAUGACCUGCAGCAGCUGGUUCACUGCCUGGCUGAAGGGGGCGAGCUGAGCCUGCAGGACCCCGCCCUGUCUGAGCUGGUGGGGCAGGCGGAAGCAUAUCAGAGAGCAGAGCAGCUGUUCUCCUGCUCCAAGGUGAUCCUCCAGAGGGAGGCCGGCACACUGCGAGUGGAAACGGGGUCCCAAACAUCACUCCGCCCCCUCGUCAUGUGCAUCACCGUACGAGGCUUCGCUUCCCUGGGCACAUAGUGCGUUUGAGCGCGUAUGGACGGGGGCGGGCAAGUUCUGCUCUUUGUGUGUGUGUGUGUGUGUGUGUGUGUGCAGUAUGCUGCCCAGUUGUCCAAAGCUGUCCAGAUGUAAUCCUUUGGCCCUCACCUCCUCCAAUUUGAUGAUCUGAUACGUCUCCACCCCCUGAAGUCUCACCACUGGAGCCCCCUGCUGGACAUAUACUGACACUAACAGUCUUGUGAAGAUUAAUCUUCAUUAACGGUUUUACAUUUCUAAAAAUAACCAUUUAUAAGCUUUUUCUGAAAUUUUAUAAACUAGUUUCGCUCCAGGGUUGGAAAAACUCAUACUGAAAGCUGUUAUUACAACUCGACUGCAGUGUAUAUUGACAGUUAUAUAAAACCAUUUGAGGAGAUCAUGGCAUUCUCAGGAAAAUAAAUGUUUUUACACAUUUUGAUUUAGGAAAGAAAUGACUGCGAUUCAUGGUAAAAAGAUCUUGCAAUGACUGGUUCAGGGCAGGGAAAGACAUCCACCGCCAUUUCCAAUAAAAGACCCAAGACUUACAUUUAUAAUACCUUCAUUUGCAAAAUCACAUGGUACAGGUAGUGUUGAAUGAGUUAAAAACUAUUUUUAAACCAAUCAACAAUUUAAGCUUUACCAAGUGAUUUAACAAAUUGUAUUAUACAUGCAUUUACUAUAAAGGAACUUCUUGACUUUGGUCUUGUUUGGACAAUGUGAAGACACAACUUUCCUCCACCUUGAAUCUUCAAAUAUUGAAUUCACUCGUCGCAGAUUUCUGGACAAAAUAAAAACAUUUUACCACAUGUCCAAUAUGCAUUUGUGUGUGUCUCAACAAUAUUUUCGACAAUUGUCCAGUGACUUUAAAACCGGUUGUUCAUACAUGUAUGUAUAACCACAACGUGAAAUUCAUUCCUGGGUUUAUCAUCUGAUGUGUGUAAUGUAUUUUACUUUAUAGUUAUUUCCAAUUUUUCACUUGCUAUCCAGUCAGGCUUCUACCGGACCUACUCCAGCGUGUUAUUUUCCUACAUUACCCAGAACUACUUUCGCCACCCCCCUUUGUGAGAACAUUAGCUAAAAGGCUAAAAACAAAGGUGGAGAUUGUGGCCACGCUCCAAUCCUUGCAAAAAGCUAUGCUAAUGCAUUCUGGACUAUUGAGGCUGCUAAGCAUGGCAAAAAUGGAUAGAAAAAAAGAAGAAAAAAAUGAUAGAUUUCUCUCAGUAGGAGUACUGCAGAAAGUUGAUUAGUGGGGAUUGAAGGCAGAACCCAGCUUGUCCCUAAUGGGCUGAAUGACUAUCCAGUACUUAAGAGUUACCACUACAGGGAGUUGAAGGCACUUUCUUAUUAAACUCCAUUGUGCCUGCUGGGGAAAUAUCACUGUGUGACAUCAGGUCAUCUACAGAACUUGAGUUUAGCUAUGACACUGAAACACGACAUGCAAAUUCUAACAACAGCAAAAACGUUUAGCCUGGAGCACCCUGGUGUGCAUACGCAAAGUUUAAAAUAAAUCUUGUAUUUACAAUAGACUCAAAACACUGGGUGUUACACACACAAUUAUCUGGGAAUACAUUCAAUUUCCUUGAAGUAACCUCUAAUGCUUGCAAUUAAAUGAGCAUUUGAAAACAUUAAAGCACUAACAAAGUUUAAAAAGAAACCAAAUUCAGGCAAAGGGGAAAUGCACUCUGCUCUCCGAAACCUCCAGUAAAUUUAUUUCAGUAUUACUAACCACAUCUAAAAAUACAAGUCUGCAUUUUAAUGUGUAGCGUUAGCAUGUCCAUCAGUUGAAAACGGUUGGUGAUGACAUUUAAUGACAUGACUAAAAGGGAGGGGCUUCGUUUCCUCCCUGCCCUCCAUGAUUGGGGUAAAUGUGUGCCCCAGACACAGGAGACAACCCUACACACAGAACAGGAAAACCUGAAAGAUACACAUACAACCACAGAGCACAGAGCCUUGUGAAAGGAGCGGCAUUUCAUUAAAGACCACAGAUAUCAAUGAUUAAAGAAAACCCUUUCAUUCAGCUAUGCCACAGAGAACAAAUAAAUCAGAUCAGCUCAAAAACAAAC